ACAGUCGGUCGGUAACUAACGAGCAGUCCCUAUGCAUGACAGAGCACCGGGUUUAGCGCAGUCUGAGUGCAUGCAGUGCGUCUAAGGAAGCCAUUCUGGGUUUGGAGGUGUGUGAAACAGUGCUGUCUGUAGUAGAAGGGCAAGAGGAAGGGGCGGCAGAGGACCGGAAACGUCUUUAGUGCGACGGGUACCGGGCAGCUGCUUUGUCUCCCAGUCGCGGCCUCGGCUGGUAGAAACAGUCGCCACAGACACACUACCGCCGAGAAAAGGACAAGCCUUUGAACUGCGGCAGUAGCAACAACAGCUCCCUUCCCUCAAUGCAGUAAAUCAAUAGCAGAAGACGACGACGUCGGGCCGCUAGCAGCAUUCACAAAGAACAAACGCCGAAAAACAGAUUGGUUUGCUGCGAAUCCCAGUACGCAGUGUUUUGAUACCACACCGGCAGCAGAAACAGCGGAGGAAAGCCUCAAUAACUCUUGCAUGCAACAAGAAGAAGAACAAGAGUGACAGGAGAAGGAAGGAGCCGGCGAUUCGAAGAUGGUUGAUGUGCAUUUUACCGAUCUGCCGAAUGCCCUGAUUGCGUGCAAAGUGGACGAGAAUGUCUUCACUGACCGUCAGUGCAAGGCAGGCUUCGAGGCUCUGUUCCGAUCCUUCGACUGCGACGCCACCUUCCAGUUCUUCAAGAGCUUCCGCCGCGUGCGAAUCAACUUCAGCGACGCCGUGACGGCCGCCCAGGCCAGAGUGACUCUGCACAAAAGCGACUUCAACGGGAAGGAGAUGCGCCUCUACUUCGCCCAGUCUCUGCACAUCGGGAACCCCCGACUGGAGCCCCCCAAACCAGACAAGCAGUUCCUCAUCUCCCCCCCGGCCUCGCCCCCUGUGGGUUGGGAGCAGGCGAAGGACGCCACCCCGGCGAUUAACUAUGACCUGCUCUGUGCCAUCGCCAGGCUGGGCCCAGGUGACAGUCACUUCGCAGUCACUGUCCCUGCCCCUAACGUCCAUAUCCACCUGUCUCUAUCUCUCUGUCCUCUUCUCCACUUUGACUCAUUGCUGGUGCUUUGCCUGCCUGCCUGCUCUCUCUAUCUAUGGCGCUGUUCACAUGUCUACCGCUGCCCCCAGUGUUUUUACAGCAGGCUUUAUCCUUGGCUAGGACUGAAAACCUUCCAGUUCAAAAGACACCAGCGCUGUAACAAUCCAGCAACACACAGUCCUGGAGAAGCAAACAGGCAGCAAUUAGCUGCUACUGCCAUCUAGUGGUGGCAACCUGUCAAGAUUCCUAGCCAGAGAGAAAGCCUGCUGUAAAAACAGUGGGGGCUGAGUCACGGGACAGACAUGUGACUUACAAUACUCCUAAAGAACAGUGAUUCAUAAAGGAUUUCAGUGUCAUUUGUUUUGAGAUUUCUGUAGAUUAUAUAGUACAGUGAGAUCACUAUCUGCUUCGUACAUCAACACCAAAUGAUUACACCGUCCAUACAAUGUUUGUUUUGCUUUUUUUUUUUUAUUUUUAAGGUAAACAAAUAAAAACAAUAAAAUACAAUAGGGUCUACAUUAGUGAACAACAGCAGAUGUAAAUACCAUAAUCCGCUCUUUCUGGGUCAGUCCUGCUGCUAAGGUAUUGAUCCCCAAUAGAAGGGCUUCACUGGCAUUAAACCAGACCUCUGUUUAUUACUGAGGUGACGAUUAUCUAAAUAGCAGCAGAAGUCAACACUGCCAGCCUCUAACUCUGUCAUCCCAGCCUGGGGGAUUUGUAGUGCCUGUUCAGAUCGCUGGUUGGGUUUUAGCGCUGCAGUAUUUAGGGGGCUGCUGUUUUAGCUCAUUAGGAUGAAGUCACUGUACGAACAGUGCGGCGCAGCGCAGGUGUGGAGAGUGACCCUUUGCUUUCUGUUGGCU